CUUAGCAAUUCUCGUUGUUUUCUUGAAAUUUGUAAUAGUUACUAGUUUAGAUAAACGAAAUGGGGUCAGUUUAUCCUUGAAUGCACCAAAUAAGAUUCCAAUUCGUGGUUUCUUAUUAGAUAAUAACGAUGACAAGGUUUUAUCUUCGAAUUAAAAUCGAUUGUAAAAAUGAUGAAAUCCCAACAGGACCAAUUGAACAGAAUAAAAGAAGCUGCGAAGGAUAAUAGCCACAGCGUUUCUGCAAUUAAAUCCCAGCUCACCGAGCUUAGUAAAACCGUCAAUGGUUCGAUUAACAAAGUUAUGGAUUCCCAACAGGACCAAUUGAACAAAAUAAUAGCAGCUUCGAAUGAUAAUACCCACAGCGUUUCUGCAAUUAAAUCCAAGCUCACAGAUCUAAGUAAAGCCGUCAAUGGUUCGAUUGAAAAGGUCAUGGAUUCCCAACAGGACAAAAUAAACAAAAUAAAAGCAGAUCUGAAGGAUAAUAGCCACAUCGUUUCUGUAAUUGAAUCCAAGCUCACAGAUCUUAGUAAAGCCGUUCAUGGUUCGAAUAAAAAAGUGAUGGAUGACCAACAGGACCAAUUGAAUAAAGUAAUAGCAGAUUCAAAGUAUAAUAACAACAGCGUUUCUGCAGUUAAAUCAAAGCUCACAGAUCUUAGUAAAGCGGUCCAUGGUUCGAUUAAAAAAGUGAAGGAUUCCUAACAGGACCAAUUGAACAAAAUAAAAGCAGCUUCGAAGAAAAAUAGCAACGGUGUUUCUGCAGUUAAAUCAAAACUCACAGAUCUUAGUAAAGCGGUCAAUAGUUCGAUUAAAAAAAUGAAGGAUUCUCAACAGGACCAAAUUAACAAAAUAAAAGCAGCUUCGAAGGAAAAUAGUAACGGUGUUUCUGCAGUUAAAUCAAAACUCACAGAUCUUAGUAAAGCGGUCAAUAGUUCAAUGAAAAAAGUGAAGGAUUCCCAACAGGACCAAAUGAACAAAAUAAUAGCAGCUUCGAAGGAAAAUAGCAACGGUGUUUCUGCAGUUAAAUCAAAACUCACAGAUCUUAGUAAAGCGGUCCAUAGUUCGAUUAAAAAAGUGAAGGAUUCCCAACAGGACCAAAUGAACAAAAUAAUAGCAGCUUCGAAGGAAAAUAGCAACGGUGUUUCUGCAGUUAAAUCAAAGCUCACAGAUCUUAGUAAAGCGGUCCAUAGUUCGAUUAAAAAAGUGAAGGAUUCCCAACAGGACCAAAUGAACAAAAUAAUAGCAGCUUCGAAGGAAAAUAGCAACGGUGUUUCUGCAGUUAAAUCAAAGCUCACAGAUCUUAGAAAAGCGGUCAUUAGUUCGAUUAAAAAAGUGAAGGAUUCCCAACGGGACCAAAUGAACAAAAUAAUAGCAGCUUCGAGGGGUAAUAGCAACGGUGUUUCUGCAGUUGAAUCAACACUCACAGAUCUUAGUAAAGUGGUCAAUGGUUUGCAAAAAGCAACUAGAAAUCUAGGAUAUAUUGGAUGUUACACAGAUGACGGUUACAGACAUCUGAAAGCUAGAUUUUCGAACUUGGGGAAGUCUAUAACCUUGGCUAAAUGUAGUGAACAUUGCAAAAGAUAUAAAUAUUUAGGCAUGCAGUAUAGUACAUUCUGUAUGUGUGGAAAUAUACUAAAAAGCAAAAGGUAUCAAAAAGUAGCAGACUCAGACUGUAACAUGGCUUGUGCUGGAGAAUCUCAACGAAUGUGCGAAGGUAACACGAGAAACUCGAUAUAUCUAGUCGUACCAUAAGCGAUUUGAGAAAAACAGAAAAGAAACAGCGGAAAUGUUCAAAAUAAAAUAAUUGCAAUUUGA